UUUUAAUCGGCUCCUUUAUAGCUUCCUUCACUUCUUUUUAUGCGUGUUUGAAAGUAUAUUUAUUGGCAAACAUUAGCGAAUCGAUAUAAUUUUAUAGAUCACCAGUCUUUAUGACCAGCGGGCAGCCGCAGGGAUUAGUAGCGGUUUCGCAGUUUCAGCAUGUUUCAGCGCUUUCAGUAGACGCGGGCUCGACGCCGCGUGCUUUGGAUGCAAAUUACACUUCAAGCAGCAUGGCCAUAGAAGCAUUUAAAAACGCACAAGGAUGGAAGCAGAGAAUGAAUGUUAUUGUCCUGAAGGUGACCUCACCAACUUCCUUUUUGGUAAGGGAAGCGGUGGGAGCAGAGAUGUCUCAAUGUGGAAGAGAAUUUAUCAGCAUGGAGGCAAGCAUGAAACAGUACAUGAAAAAGUGGGACAUCCAACCUGUCACACCACUACUCCCAGAGAUUGAUUCGAUUGUUUUGGUGCGAAAUCCUUCAGACAGAGGAUGGUACCGAGGACAUGUCAGCAAGAUAUUUGACACCUUGACUGGCUAUAAAGUGGAGGUCUUCUUGGUUGACUAUGGAGAAACGCUCAUGGUGGACCGGAAAGCGUUGCGCAAGGUGCCAAAUGAGAGGAUUCUUGAAGUGCCUUUUCAAUGUGUUGAAUUUUCAAUUCUUGGACUGAAGCCUGUGCGGUGGACAAUUGACCCAACAACCAUUACAAUGAAAUUUGUGGAAGGUUCCUCCUGGGAUACUGCUUCCAUUGAGUAUGUGAAGUCAACUGUUGGAAAAGCUGAUGCAGUGCAUGUUCAAGUGCUGGGGAAGACCACCUCAGGGGGCCUGUAUGGAAAACUUUUCAUUGACUGCAACAAAAAUGUCAUAUCUCUUGAUGAGGAGCUAGUCAAGCUCAAUUAUGCUUUUUUGGAUGCUGAAGCAAGUUAUGAAGAUGUCAUUUUGGAUAAUGGCAGACCUGACAAAAUUGAUCAACAAUCAGCAGAGGGAUCACAAAAUGAAGGCAUUUCGGAAAAUGCCAGCUUGUGGCGAGACAUCCUGAGCAAGAGUGCUUCUGCAGCUUUGAAAGAUGUCCUCGACAGUGUCUAUGACACUUCUUCAAACAGUAUAGCACACAUUCCUGUGGAAGUAUGUGCAGCAGAAGUGUCUCCACCAGGGUCCCUUUCUGUUAGUGGUGCAAGCUCUCCAGCACAGUGGUCAUCAACCACCCUUUCCAUUGACACAUCCUCAUCAGGCACAGACACACCUCCCACAUUGCCUGGUCUUGGCCGAGGCCUUGCCUUAAUGCUAAAGCACAGGGAACUUAGGGGUGACAGCUCAUCCCAUGAGUCUAAUGCCAGGGACAAAGCAUAUGUGGAGGCUCAAGAACUAUGCACUGUCAUGCCGAGUUCAAGUGAGGACAGCGAUGAUGAUGCAUCUUAUACCCCUACUCUGGUCGGCACUCCACCUGGAGUUUUCAGGGAGGGUGAAACAUUCUGUUCUCCUGACAGCCCAGGCUCAUUGUCAUCAGUACCUCCAAUGCCACGCCUUGUCAGUGUCAGAUCGAAGCUGGAACCAUCCUGCAAGACUUCUGAGCCAGUUGUACCACCAUCUUUAUCUGGCGGCAGCCAAUUUGGGGAAACUAAAGCUCGUGGUCGUGCUCGGUUGCUCUGUUUGUCAUCCAGUCCAUCAAGUACUAGUUCACCUUUCGAACAAAAUCGGAUGUCUCUGCCAAGAGAUGCUGAUUCAAGUUUCAAUGCCAAGUUGUAUGCACCAGAUACGCUUACUGAAAAAUGUGCAGUGUCGAAUGAAGCAGCAUUUACUAAUGAAUCAGUGGCUUCUGAAGUCUGUGCAGCUGAUGUGAAAGGCCUAAGCCCUCUUGCAGGCAUACCUGAUCUAUCAGCAUACCGUUCUUUAGGGCGUGGGCAUGCACUAUUCGCAAAACUGGCAUCAAGCCACACACCAGGCAAACACACUGAUUCGCUGUCAUCACAGUCACUAAGCUCGCAGCAAAAUAGCCUCGCACAGCAAUGUCCCUACAUGCCAAGUGGCAGCAGCCAGCCUAGACCCACAUCACAUAUAGGUGAUAACUACGCUUCUCAAGUGGUGACCAAAGCUAGUCAGCUGAAAGACCUCUUGGAAAAGAAAGGACGUUCACUGUAUGUGCCACCAUUGCAAGGCUGCCUAUCUAAAUCUCAAGGUCACAGUCUGACAAAUUCUCCCAAGCCUGAUGCAACUACAGGAACAGUGGCACUAAAGAAAGAUGUGUUUGCUGGAAGUUCGGUAUCAUGUCCUGGUAGCAGCAGUAACCAGAUACCUUCUUCAACAAUGUCAAGCAGGGACAUAUUUUUGAAGUUGAUUGCCACCAGUAAUUUUGAGGUGCCAUGUGAACCUGUCAAGGAGCUUGGUGAUUGUUCUACAACCAUGGACGGGUGUCACUCAUCAGAAGACUUUCGGAGCCCCGAUUUCAAAAGCAUUCCUGAACUGCCAUCAGAUAUGGAUCCCUCUGGACGGUUUAAGGGGGCUGUAUACUUCAACACCGAUUAUGAUUCUUGCAGAUUGUCAUCUCAGCCUGCAAUUUCCAAAGUUCGGGCUCUCUGCCAUGGCAUUAGACUACCUAGGCCCAUGACUCACCUUGACCAGACACCAUUUGAUGGGUCUGUGAAAUCGCGGUUGUGUUCUAAGGGGUUUCGUGCUCCAUCAUGCAUUCAGUCAGUGGUCUGGCCUGCAGUGAUGUCCGGUAGAGAUGUUGUAGCUGUGGCACCACCACACUCGGGCAAGACACUUGCUUACCUGAUUCCAUUGGUUUCAAGAUUGACGGAGGAAACUGACUACGAGAGCCUUCCUGCAGGCGUUGGACCCCUAAUGGUAGUUCUGACAUCCACAUGGAAAGGAGCUUCCCGCCUGAGUGAGCAGGCCAAGCUGCUCAUCGAUGAGAAAAGAGGCCCAAAAGUCUGCGUCUUGUACGCUGGAGGAGCAGAAAAAGGAAAAGAGAUAGAAUUGGUCAAUGGCUGUGAUAUCUUGGUAGCAACUCCCCAAUGCUUUCUGCGCUUUCUGACCAAUUACGACCGUCUCAUCGUCAACUUGCGUCGAUGCUGCCAUUUGGUCCUGGAUGAUGGUGAAAAGCUGCUGGACAAGUUUGCAAUAGAGGUUACUUCAGUGAUGAAUGAGUUUCGGCGGUGCACGGAGCAGCGCCGACCAGGCAUGCUCCAUGGCCAGAUUGUGGUUUGCUCAACAAUGUGGUCUACUGGCCUGAACUGGUUUAUACGUAUGACAUACUUGAGUAAAACCCCUUUGGUCAUGAUCACUUCAUUCUACGAAGCUGCCAUCUAUGCACAGGUUCCAACUGUUGCCUGCUUUGGUGACCCCCACAGUCGACAUGAAAUCUUGCUCGGAAUUGUGGAAGGCAACCACAGUCGAAAAGUGGUGGUGUGCACUGCCGACAGACAGUCGGCCAUUGAUAUACAUCGGUUGCUCUUGUCAUGUAGUGUCUAUUGCCUGCUGCUUCAUGAUGAGCUUACCAUGGCAGAAGUUUCGGAGGUGACAAAUGAAUGGGCAACUGAGCGUCCAAAGACCAAGAUGCCUGUCCUUGUGGCUCAAGACAAUGUGCUGCCCUUGGCCAACAUUCGUGAUGCUGGUGUUCUAAUCCACUAUGACGUACCUGAAUUGUCAAAGUACAACUUUGGCUUUCGCUUCUCCUGCCUUGCUGACCGUAUGCGUUCAUUCAAUGACAAGGAUACUGCCUCUACUACUGAUGAACCAGUGGCUCACAUGAUACUCUCGAGCAACAACCGCAGUCUCUCUGUACAGCUUGCGGAGUUUCUGAACAGGCUAGGCGCCAAUGUUCCAGACGGACUGAUGAGGCUUUCUUCUGAGGAGCAAACUAAAGCAUCAAAAAAUGCCAGGUUGGCGCUGUGCCCGAAUCUCAAAGCAUUUGGUCAUUGCGAAAGGCAGACAGCAGAGAAGCGCUGCUUAUAUCGACAUCAGAUCAUACGUGAGGCAGAUCACUCACCGGCAUGGGCAGACCUGCCAUCUCAGGGCCAAGUCCUCAUUGUAGUGACCAAAGUGGUGAAUGCAUCACGCUUUUAUGCAUGGAUUCUUCAGCACUGGGAUGCAUCACCUAGUUCAACAAAUGAAAGCAAAUCAAAAGUCAAAGAGAACCUGGAGCUUCAGAAUGCCAUGGUGUUUCUGAACGAAUACUUAUCACAGCCAUGUAACUGUAAAUCAAUGGCUGAAAAGGCCAUACCCAAAGUUGGUGAAGUUUAUGGGCUGGAGCACAGCUAUGGCCAUUUCCGCAGAGUCUUGGUAACUUCAGUCGUGCCAAACAGUUCUGCUCCAGCUAGUGUCACAGUUUCAUACAUGGACUAUGGGGGCCAGUCAACUGUGGCUGCAACAAGAUUGCUUCAUCUACCGUCAAAGCUAACUAAGCUGCGGCCGUUGGCAGUGGAAGUGUACUGCUGUCGUGUUCAGCCUCAGGACCAUGACCUUGAUUGGACUUUCCAAGCAGUCUUCAAGUCACAUGAGCUUGUGUUUAGGAAAGAACUUCUUGGCAAGAUUGUGCUGCGGCUUGGAAAUACCUUGUGGCUUGACCCACUUGUCUUGUGGGAAGACCUCCCCUUUGUUGAUGCAAAGGUUCCUUUAAAGAAUGUGAGAGCUACUCUCAUUGAAGAGCGCCUAGCUUGUGAUAAUGCAACCCACGUGGAGAGCCUGUGUAAACUGGCUGCUGAUGCAGGAGUGGCACUACCUGUGUUUCCAGAAGAAAAGAGAGAAAUGAAUGACAAUGACAGCCAGAAUGCUGUCAUCAACCAGCACUGUACCACUUUCCUUGACACAAAGGAUUUCAACCAUGUCUACCUCUGGAAGGUCACCUCCCCAUCUCAUUUCUAUGUGCAGCCAUUGAAAUUCAAUUCAUGUUUGGAUGAGCUUGAAGAUAACAUCCAGAAAUCUGUGAAAAAAAUGGAAUUGGUCAAGCUGAAGUCUGUGCAUCCUGGAGCAGUGUGCAUCGCUCGCUACAACAACAAUCGUUGGUAUCGUGGAGAAGUGCAGAAAGUUCUCAACACUGCAGAAGUCAUUGUAUUUUUUCCUGACUAUGGAGAUACUGCAAAGUGCCCUCCAGACGAGCUGUUGGAGCCUGUUUCGUGGAUGAUGAUGUUGCCAUACCAGGGCGUUCAGUGCUCUUUAGCUGGAAUCAUUCCACCCUCUGGGAAGUGGACUCCAAUGGCUGGGUCCAUGCUUGAAAACUUUGGCUACGAUGACAAUGAUGUGAAUCGUCUGCUAUGUCUCAGGGUUGUGAAAAAGAAUGCAGGAGAGCGCCCUGGGACAAGCAAUUAUGAGGUGCUGUUGUUCAGCUCAUGCCACAAAGGAAGAAUCAGUGUGGCUAAUCUUCUUGUAGAGGAGAAGCUUGCUACCCCAACAGAGCUGCCAAAGCUCAGCUUUGAUGUCAACCUUCCACAUGCAACAGUAUUUCUAGAGCAGUGGACAGGGGCUGAUGAUAGUGAAACUGAUGAAGAUGGAGAAGAGGUGACACUUGAGUGCCAGAGGAAACUGGAGAAACAUGUGUAUGAUGUCUUUAGUGAAGUUCGUGACCAGGUCCUUGCACCUGCAGCUGCUGAGCUCUUACAUGAGUUGAUUUGUGACAGUGGUACACUUGGCCAAGGAGACACUUCUUACCAGCCCCAAGCAAGAGGGGCAGAGGCACCAGAAUUAUGCAAGCAAGGUGACAAAAAGGCUGCAGCAAAGGUUAAGACUGCCAAAGCCCAUUCACGAGCCUCCACAAGGAAUCUCCCUCCACUGCUGGAGUCCCAGUUCAAGACAGAGCACAGCCAUCAAGCAUCCAUCUCAUGGUGGCAAGAUCAUAGCUUUGUCUAUGUGGACAUCAUGAUUGCAAAUGUAAAGGAGCACGAGCUGAAUGUUACUGCAGCAAUAUUUCGCAUCAGAAUUAAAACAGCGGAGCAUGAGUACCUGGCUCACGAGAGGCUUUAUGCCGCCAUUGUACCAAGGAAAACAAGACUGGUGCAGAAAGCUGACUCUUUGAGGAUCACCUUCGAGAAGGUGCAUGCCAAGCAUUCAUGGAAAUUCCUAACUAGAAACAAGAGAAAGGUGCAGUACAUUCGCUAUCAACUGGAUCAUAUUGACGUAAGUGACAAUGAGGAUGACAUAGUCAGUGCCUGCAAAGCUUACAAGGACCCCCUCUUCACAGGAUACAGCCGCCCAACACGGAUCUUGCCAUAUGACCCAGUGGCUCAUGAAGAAAGGGCAAGGGAAAUUGAAGAACACAUCGAAGACACCGAUGAUACAGUCGAGCCCAUGUACUUCAGCAUUGAUCCGAAUAAUAUUUUUGAUGAGUUCACUGAAUAAGCAAGCCAGAAGAAUGCAGAGGCAUAUCAUUACCUAUGUCUUUGUUUUGUUUUAAAAUAUAUGUACAGAAGAUUCUGCAUCACUCAUCAACAAUUCAUAUUCAUUGUAUUGUUAAUGUGUUCAAGAGUAUGCUUUACUCGUCAGUUUCACCCUGCUGUGAUAACCGAUAAGUUUUUCGGCCAAGGACAUUUAUCUUUUUACUGUCAAUAAAUAUAAGGUAAUUGUAAUUGUGUUAUAAAUAAAGUAAUUUGUUUAAUGUAA